AUGGCCAUACCUGUGAAUAUUGUAAACUUUGCCUCUGACACAGUGGGAAAUCAAUUUAAAGAACAUUAUAAGACUAUAAUAGGCCUUCUCUCAGCUAUAUUCAUUUUUCCCUGGCUGUAUAACUCUAUUCCGAGAAGUCUAUGUUGCAUUUUUUGGCAAAUAACUGGUUUUAUUGGAGUAUCAACCACAUUGCUAAUCCAUUUAUGCAGCUCAUAUACAACUCUAACAUUUGCCUUAGCAUACAUCAUAAGUGUUUAUACAUUAUGGUCACCUGAAAGGUCUGGAAUAUUUCGGGCCACAUCACACCUUCUCUGGCUAGUCAUCGCUAGUUACUUGGCAAGUUUGUGUGGUUCAUACCAAGUGUACAUGUUUGUUGUCUUGCAAGCAGUUGGUUUAACAGGUUUUGUACUUGAGGUGCUUCAUGUUCAUAAACAAUUGCAAUUAAAAAAAGAUCCUGACACUUCAAUACUAAUUGCACUUUAUGUGGCUAUCACUAAUGGCUCCUAUGGAGAAAUUGCUGCAAAAGAAGCUGAGAAUAAGAUAGACAAAUCAGAAACAACCGAUACAAUUCCAGAGGAGUACAGUGAUAAGGAAUCAACGCCCGAUAAAGAUAGUCCUCUCACUCCAGACGCAACUACAAAGAGGGGAAGCUGGACUGGAAAUGAGUCUGUUCAGAGUUCACCUAGACAUGCAAAAAUGUUAUUCAAAACCAGAACAUUAUCGGCCUUACCCCUAUCGAAUCUUAAAACAAAACCAUCUGUAGAGAACAGAAUUUUGGCCUCAUUCAAGCAAAGAUCACUUGACGAGAACUAUAUGAGAAACAAUUUCAACAAUGAUGAUGAAUCCGCUAUAUAUUUCAAGCUUCUCUUCUUCGCAUGCUUCUGCAUGCUCGUGUGGAAACACAUAUGGCUACUGCCCGUAAUGCUGUUCUUCUUGGCGAUACAUUUCUUCAAAUGGAUGUUGAACUUCUUUGGAGUUUGGUUAUUCUUUGAAAAUUACUAUAAUAACUUGAUGGCAAAAGUUAAAGGUUGGUGGGGAGACAGACAAUCUGCUUUGAUGCCGGCACACAUACGUGGCGUAUGCAAAAUGCUAUCCAUCUGCAACAGCAGCGUCACUGAGAUGGCGCACAGCUCAGUCGACACUGUAUCCUCUUGCAUAGUGAUUGUGGGCCUCAUACUGUUCGUCACCGUCGCCGUUGUAUUCGUCUGCAUUCAGAUUUACUCCGAAGCGAUUGUCGUGGUACAGCUGAGUGGCAGCCUCCUCAACAGUACGUUUGUUCAGCACAGUCCACUGCAGAAUUACCUGCCCGAGGGAUGGAACGAGCAGCUCGAUUCGCUUAUUGAUAAUGCUUAUACAUACGGAAGGGAGGGAAUAUCGACAGCUAUUAGAAAUUAUGUGAAGAGCAUCCUAAAAGAGGGGGACCCGGACAAGAUCGCGCGCGUGGAGGAGCAAAUACUGGAAAUCUGGGACAGGGUCUACCAGAGCUGGGUGUCUCUGCACUUCGCCGGGAACGUCGGGCCGCAGGUGGACAGCACCGCCGUCCAGGACUCCUGGGACGACUUUGUCAACAACGUAGCCCAUACCCCCGGUCUAUUCGACUAUACUGGUAUCGUGUCUUGGGUGUACGCGAACGUUGGCACGCUGGGCGCUAUCGCCACUAGCGCCUGGGCGCCGCUGGCGAGCAACGUUUCCCUACUCGCCGGCUCGCUGGGGGCCGUCACCUCGCUAUUGCUAUGCGGCGGCGGCGCUAUCAUCAAUAUGUUCAUCAACCUGGUGGUAUUCUUCACGACGCUGUUCUACCUGUUGGCUUCGAGCAACGCCCUCUACAAGCCGGUGGAGGUCAUUACCAGGGUUCAAGCCAGUUUCGGGCCGCGGCUCGGCCUCGCGUUGUCAGUAGCCAUCAAUCAGGUGUUUAGGGCGUCAUUCAAGAUGGCGUUGUUCUACGGACUAUGGACGUGGUUGGUGCACAAUCUGUUCGGUGCGAAAGUUGUCUAUCUGCCGUCGGUCCUAGCGGCCGUGCUCGGCGCCGCCCCGUUCCUCGGGCCUUACCUGGCCGGUCUACCGGCCGCGCUGGACGUGUGGCUGCAGGGGCGGCCGAUGUCAGCCCUGCUCCUGCCGAUAGCGCAGGCCGCGCCCAUCGCCUUCCUGGACGCCGCUGUUUACGCCGAGAUUAAAGACGGCGGCCACCCGUACGUAACGGGCCUGGCAAUAGCCGGUGGCAUCUUCUACCUGGGUCCCGAAGGGGCCAUAUUGGGUCCGCUACUGUUGUGUUGCCUUAUGGUCAUCCUUAACCUAUCCUCUACAUUCUUGAGGGACACACCGUCCGAAGAACGCGCAGCAUUGCAUUCUCGUGUCAGGCUCGGUGCUUACCUA